AUGUUCAGAGCAUUACACUGGAGCGGGCCUAGGGCCUUUUCAGGCCCCAUCGAAAAGGUUCUCAAAUGGCACAAGGCGCUACAAGACAUUGGAGUGUUGAUUAUCUUCGAGAUAGUGGCAAAAUGCGUGAGCAUCCAGCCAGGUACACCUUGCUCAAAGAAUUUGGUGAUAAGGGAUGAUAACGGGCCGGCCAUGCAGGUGGUUUACUACGAAAUAGACUUUCUGCUGCCAGAGCUUAAGCCUCCGUGUACUGUCAGAGUGGUGGGUCGCAUGAUGGCGGGCACAUGUCGCCUGCAAGCGUUCAGCGUGCGGCCGGCGACGGGCGACGACGUGGCCACACUGUCGCGCCGCGCCGCGGUGGCUAGCCACCAUGUCGCCAAGCUGUGCAAGGAGUACGGAGCAAGCGACAACGUGUAGACUGA